AUGAGUGAUGUCGAGGCUGUCUCACUACCCACUACCCUGGAUGUUGGUGCAAAUACGCUGGCGGCCGUGAAGGCAGACGCCCCGGGAUCCCCUAGGAAGUCGACUUCACCUCCACGACACGCCAGUUUGGCAUCAAAUCUGGGGGUACUAGAGGAUGAUGAACAGGGACCUCCAAGUCCCAAGGCCGACUCGGAGGCGGAAACUAUAAUUCAAUCCGGACGAGAGUCGCUAUCCCCCGAAAAGAAACGAAAGCACAUUUGCCAUGAUCCCAUACGCCAGGCCAUCGACAGAGUCGACGGGGUCGACGCCAUUCAGCGAAAGAAACCGCGUAUCAAUGGUGAAGGGAGGCAUUCGGUCUCCCGGUCGCCCAGUCCCUCGGAGCGUGCUGGAUCGCCCCCGUCGGUCGUCAAGAUCGAGAAAUUCGAAGAUCCUUUGUCUGUACCACGAAACGUGUUGGAUGACGCCUGUGUGAACCAGGACAAGCCGCGAAUCUACCGCAAGAGGAGCUUCAGUGAUAGCGUAGACGAAAAAGGCGAGCGUCGCCGUGGCUCGCACGUUGAUCUUAAACAUGCCAAUCAUCUUCACCUUCCCCAUCCCCAAAAUACCCGCUCUGUCUCCCCGUCUCGCCCCUCGCAUCAACGCUCCGCAUCGGGCUCUCAAAUCCACUCUAAGAAAAAGGCCCCUACCCCUCACCUUACUGGUUUCCAGCGACAAACCUCGGAAGACCGCCAGUCCACAUCGUCAUCGGCGAGUGGUUCUCCGUUACCAAGUGCUCACUUGCGCCGGCUGGGCUCCGGGGUGGGUGCUUCGGCCUCCCCCGCGAAACAAAUGGGACCAAAGAAGCUUCGCGACAAGAGUGGUCGGACUCCACUCGCCAGAGCAUGCGCCGAUCGCAAGCACGAUCAAGUGGUCAUGCGCUUUGGUGAACGCCCGGAAGAUCUGGAUGUCGCCGAUAAUGCCGGAAAUACGCCUUUGCAGAUUGCUUCCCUCAAUGGAGAGGCUUCGAUUGUCAAGUUCUUGCUGGAUUCAGGUUGUGAUAUAAAUGUUAAAAACCUUGAAAAGGACACCCCUUUGAUCGACGCGGUGGAAAAUGGUCAUGUGGAAGUGGUUAAAUACUUGCUCGAAGCAGGCGCAAAUCCUCGGACCGUCAACGCCUCUGGAGAAGAACCAUACGAAUUAGUAUCAACCGAUUUGAACGACGACGAGUAUGAAGAGAUCAAGAAGGCGCUUGCAGAUGCAAAGGCCAAUGCACGGCCGGGCCGUCGAUCGGAAGAGCGAUUCGGUUCAGAUAGCAAAGCUCCAUCGUCUCGACGAGCAUCUGCUGCUAGUCAAUCGCGAAGUCCCCCACCGUUGGGUAGUGCCGCCGCUGGUCGUCGCAAGACUGGCCGGAGCGAAGCGACAAGAAAUGAUCUGUUAUGGACACAGCCGACCCCGGAGAAUCUCAUGAAUUUUGCUGCUAAGGGCGAUGAGAUGGGGGUGGUGAGCAUUUUAAAUGUUCUGCAGAAAGCGGACAAUGCAUCCUUGAUUGCUGCUGCGAAAGGGGGGCACCAUGACGUAUUAUCGCUCAUGUAUGCGAUGGGAAAUGCAGAAGCUGAUCCAAAUCCUCUACGCGGUGCGGGGCUCAAGCAAGGCUACAACACGCCGAUGCUAGCUGCGAUAGGCAGAGGCAACACCAGUGUUAUCAACCUCAUUCUCAGCCAACCAGGCUUCAAUCCUACCCGCCGUUUAUUUGAAGACCGAACCUAUUUCGAGCUUGCUCGAUCUCGCCAAGGUGAGAACUGGGAAGACGAAUACGACAUUCUCAAAGCAGCCUACGAGAAAUAUCCAGGAAGCAACAAAGGCCGCAAAGCUGUCUCCUCACCCCGCCAAUCGCGCAAGGAGAAGGAGGAGAAACGAUCCGCCCGAAGAGAUUCAUCCUCCCCCGUGGCCCGCCCAAAGAAGCCCACCGAUAGUCCCACCCGCAAACCUCGCCCUCAAAAGGACAUGGACUCGCUGAAGGAGAUAAAGGAGAUUAAGGAGAAGCGACGCGAGAAGGAACGAACUGGGCUGAUCAGCGCUCGUGCCAAGCUGAAUCGUGACGCGAAUGAGAAGGCGCUUGCAUCUGACCCUGACUCAACCCAACCCGAUUCCGCGAAACAGAGACCCUCAGUCUCAGCGCGCAAGGACAGCGAGUCUAGUGGUGCGAUUCGGACCGAUGAAAUCCGCAAACGCCGACUCAUUGCCGGCCGACGCCCCCAGGAGCGUGAUCGCCGCCCUAGUCUCUUUUCAUCUGAUUCUCUCUCUGGUCGCGAAGAAACCCCCAAGUCGCGCAAUGAUGCUGCACCCGAUACCAACACCACCCUUAAGCGCAUCCGAACCGAAGCCUCCCCCGAAAGAUCUCGCUCACGAGGUGCAGACGGCGACCGGCUUUCACCCGAGUCUCGAAAACAGAAGAAACGACGUGUCCUGGCUGAUGACAAGUUACCGAAUAUUCCUAACGGUCAGCAUCGCAAACCCGAGGAUACAGCUGACGCCGAAAAGGCCAAACAUCGCCGACCUCAAGAGGAUGGAAACGAAGGCCCCGUUCGUAGACCUCUCGAGACUAAGAAGCCAGAGCCUGUCUCGAAACCUGUCAAGGAAGAUUCUACUCGCAAGAAUGGCGGUGUAAAGUCUGAGCCAUCUGAGCCAGCCGACAAACCUGCGGUGGAUGUUUCUGUCGAGGAGAAACGGGCUGAACUUGAGGCUGAGAAACGGCGUCAAAUUGAGGCUAAAAAGGCCGAAGAAGAGCGCCUUGCCGAAGAAAAGCGUCUUGCGGAAGAAGCCGAGCGUGAACGCCUCGCCCAGGAAGAAGCAGAUCGAGCUGCCAAAGCUGCGCAAACUGCACGCGAAAAGGCCGAGGAGGAUGAGCGCAAACACAAGGAAGCCGAACAACGCCGAGCCAAACAAGCUGAAGAUGAACGACAGAAGCGGCUUGAACAGGAGCGAGCUCGCAUUAUGAAGAUGCGCCGUGACCAGGAGCUUCAGGAGCAACGUCGCCGUGAUGCUCUUCCUGGUCGUCUUCGUAUCUCUGCGAAUCUGGUUGGCUCCAAUGACCGUUAUAGCAAAAACCGCGACUGGCUUCAGAAAUUCACUCCUCUGGUUACCGUGCUCACUCGGCAGCUUGAACCUACUUGUGCUGUGGAUGUGGCGGACGAAAGAUGGAUUCCGAACUACUUGGUUGCGCCUUUGCUCGCUACUAACGACCUUCAAUUGUCGCAGUAUGCUAGCUGGGAGAAACGCAAGGCCACUCCGACGCAGCGUAUCAAUCUCUGGCGAUGCACUCGUCGACACUUGGUUCACACAGAUGACCCCAAGUACCGCAAUGCAUCGUUUGGAGAUAUUAUGCAGCUAGAUUCGGAGACGGAGCCCAAGUAUUUCGGAAUGGAACAUGUGUUCUGGAUCAGGCUUUCUGAUUUCAUGGACCUCGUCCCCCAUAUCCCUCAUCUGAAUGGACUCAGACUCGACGACUUCCUCACAAUGCACAUCGAUCCAGAGCCUUCGGCUGCAUCUACUACUUCUCAACUCAACGGUCACACCCCGACAUCCUUUGCUGAAACCAACGGCAACGUGUUACCGAACGGUCAUGGCUAUCCCCGGGCCGGUACAUAUUUCUAG